AUGCCUGAGGUUGUUGGUUCCUCGCUGACGAUGUUCGCGGACGACACGAAGCUGUACUCCACGGUAGCCUCUACUCUCGCUGCGUCUAGCCUCCAGUCUGACCUCGAGGCUCUGGUCAACUGGGCGGACGCCUGGCAACUCCCCUUCAAUGAGGCGAAGUGUAAGGUCAUGCACCUCGGACGAAACAACCCAGCAAAGCAGUAUGUGAUGAGAGACUCUGAGAUGAGCGUCGUGCGGGUGGAGAAGGAUCUGAGCGUGCAAGUCGAUGACGAGCUGAAGUUCAGACAACAUGCUUCAGCAGCCGUAGCCAAGGCCAACCAGAUUCUCGCUGUGAUUCGUCGCUCAUUCGUGCUGAUAAACGAGUGCACGCUGCCGCUGCUUUACAAGUCCCUGGUGCGCCCGCACCUCGAGUACGGCAACCUCGUGUGGGGCCCUUUCAACAGGGCGGACCAGAAGCUGGUGGAGAGGGUACAGCGCAGAGCUACGCGCAUGGUGGCCAACCUUCGCCACCUGCCCUACCAAGAGAGGCUCAGGGCUCUGAAACUUCCAUCGCUGUACUACCGACGCAAACGGGGCGACAUGAUAUUCACCUACCAGAUGUUCCAUGGAGGGGUUGAUGUUGAAGUCACGGAUCUCUUCUGCCCCGCCACGGGUGCCGUUACACGAGGUCACCCACACAAGCUCCGCAAGCCAGAGGCGGUCAGCAGACUGAGGAGAGCUGCAUUCGCAGUCAGGGCCGUGAACGACUGGAACGGCCUACCUGCUCAAGUGGUCAGUGCCCCCACCGUGGACUCGUUCAAG